AUGGUACAUGCAAUGAUAAACCAGAGUUCUGUAACCACAUUUAUUCUGGUGGGCUUCUCAGAAUACCCACACCUCCAGCCACCCCUUUUCCUUAUGAUACUGACCAUUUACACAAUUACUCUGGUAGGAAAUGUCGGCAUAAUUGUGGUCAGAAGGAUCAACCCUAAGCUUCACACGCCCAUGUACUUUUUCCUGAGUCAUCUUUCAUUUUUGGAUAUAUGUUAUUCUAGUGUAUUUACACCAAAAUUGUUAGAGAUCUUGAUUGUGGAACACAGAACUAUUUUCUUAAAAGGUUGCAUGACACAGUUUUUCUUUGGCUGUGCAUGCGUGAUUACAGAGAUGUUCAUGUUAGCAGUGAUGGCCUAUGACAGGUUCGUGGCUGUUUGCAACCCUCUGCUCUAUACUGUUGCUAUGUCUCAUCAAUUGUGUGGUCUCCUAAUAGCUGGAAGUUAUAUGUGGGGAGGUCUGUGUGCUGUGAUAAUCACGUACACUCUCUUAGAGCUGUCUUAUUGUGAACCUGGCAUCAUCAAUCACUUUGGCUGUGAGUAUUCAGCCAUCAUCUCUGUAUCCUGUUCUGACCCCUCCUUCAGCCAGAUGACAUGCUUAGUCAUUUCCAUAUUAAGUGAGGGUAGUAGCCUUCUUAUCACUAUGGCCUCCUAUGUCUUCAUAGUUGUUACAAUCAUCAAAAUGCCUUCUAAAGGUGGACUCCGAAAAGCCUUCUCCACCUGCACUUCCCACCUGACUGCUAUCAGCAUCUUCCAUGGGAUUAUUCUCCUUCUGUACUGUGUACCCAAUGCAAAGAGCUCACAGCUCCUAGUCAAAGUAGCAACUGUGCUCUAUACAGUCCUGAUUCCCAUGCUGAACCCCCUCAUCUACAGCCUACGGAACAAAGAUGUAAAGGACACAGUGAAGAGGCUCAUCGGCUCAAAACUGCACCGUCAUUCAAUAUAA